CUGCAGUCUACAAUCUCUGGUCUUCAGUCGACUGUGGCCUUGCUUACCCAACGGUUGUGUUGCUGCGUACCGCUCCGCCUGCUUUUACCGCCCGUACCGCCUCCCCGCUCGUACCGCUCGUACCCAGUUGCUGGUGUUUGGCCGAGCUUAACGACCGACUGCAAAUUGGGAAUCCAGACACACAACCAGAUAUCACGAUGUCUUGGCUGGUGGUUUUGCUGAUCCUGUACGUGAUCUGGGAUGUCAACUACUUCAUCCGAUGCGUGUUCACGGUGUUCGCCGGCCGGCUGUUCCAGCGGAAGCGCAAGGUCACGGACACCACGACGAUCUACGGACUGUGCACCUCGCAGGACGUGGACAUCUUCAUCCGGCACAUGAACAACGCCCGCUAUCUGCGCGAACUGGACUUUGCCCGCUUCCACUUCUACGCCCUCACCGGACUCUACGAGCGCAUCCGGGACCGACGCGGCGGUGCCGUCCAGGGAGCCAGCAGUGUCCGCUACCGCCGCACCAUACCCAUCUUCCAUCCAUACAAGAUCCAGACCAAGCUGAUCUGGUGGGACGACAAGGCCAUUUACCUGGAGCAGCAGUUCAUCACCCUUUCGGACGGAUUCGUGCGCGCGGUGGCCAUGUCCAAGCAGAACAUCACCAACUGCAAUGUGCUGGAGGUACUGAAGACCUAUCCGGAAACUGCCCAGCGACCGGAGAAGCCGGAGGAGCUCAAGCUCUGGCUGGACGCCAUCGAGCUGUCCAGCCAGAAGCUGCGAAAGGACAAGUGAAUCGAUUGAUUGAUUCCAUCUUCCACAGCACAGCUCAUUUAUGUUUGCCUCACUUGCUUAGUUUCGUAGUCAUCUUAUAUUUUUUUUUUGAGUGCACAGUGAAGAAAUUCUAGACUGAUGGGUUUUUCACGCAAAAAAGAGCGUAACAAAAUGUAUACAAGCGCACAAGUCAUGAAUCUGAAUAAUGGCCCAUAGCAACUUACAGACUUUAUUUGCUAUUAUUUUUUCACAGUGCCUUAGUUAUAAGAAUAUUGCAUUAAUGGAAUGGCUGAAGAUUUUAAAUAUAAUUUUUUACAAAACAAAAAUAUUGUAAAUGUUUAAAAACUUUGCCGUUGAUGGCAUAACCUUUAUACAUGCAUUUUUAGCAGUUUGCUCGUUUUAUCACAAAUAUUUUCCUAGAAACGCGUUUUGUGUGGACGGGGUCGUUGAAGUUUCUUUCACGACUUUCAUUUAUGCUAAGUUUGAUAUCACGCAACGCCAAGUCUGUCGAUAAGUCAAUGGAUUGCUUGUUUUCUAUAUUUUCUUUUUCGCUGUCUCCAUUAUGGAACAGCUAAUUAUUAAGACUGCAUUUUGGUUAUGUAAUUUGAAACGAAACUGCUUUGGAACUGUCAUCCUCAGCAGUUUGCAAAUAUUACACACAAAUAAGCAUAAAUAAUGUGAGCAAGGGAGAAACAUUGGUAUCCAAUAUAUUUGCAUAAUUUACCUUUA